CAUAACAAAUUUAUAUCGAUAAGAAAUGUCUUACAAAAUACAUAAUGUUCGUUUUUAUAAUUUGGAACCAAAAUCAAUUGUCUGUUUUUCCUAUGAAAUAAAUAGUAAAAGAUUAGCUCUUGCAAGAAAUGAUAAUUCAUUAGAAAUUUGGAAUAUUAGCAACGCACCUUUUAUUGAAUUAACAUUUGGUGGACAAACAGAUCAUUCUAUAGAAGCUGUAUUAUGGAUUGGUUCAAGACUCUUUAGUUGUGGACUUAGUGCAAUGAUUAUAGAAUAUGAUUUAACUGCCAUGAAUAUAAAAAAUGAAGUUGCAGUAACAGGGGGAGCAGCUUGGUGUAUGGAUAUCAAUCCUGAUCAAAACAGAUUAGCAGUUGGAACUGAAGAUGGUUACAUAAAUAUAUUUUUUGUAACUAAUGAAACUUUAAUGUAUGAAAAAUUCUUUGACAAACAAAAAGGAAGAAUAUUAUGUAUAAAAUGGGAUAUCACCGGAGAAAUGAUUUUCAGUGGUUCAGUAGAUACUUUAAGAGUUUGGAAUGCAUCUUCUGGUCAUGCAAUUCAUAAAAUGAUAACAGCUAGAAAAGAUUCUAAAAAAGAAACAAUAGUUUGGUGUUUAGCAGUAACGAAUGAUAACAUGAUUGUAUCUGGAGAUUCUCGUGGAACUUUAUCAGUUUGGGAUUCAACUAUGGGUAUUUUAAUAGAAUCUCAUGAAAGUCAUGCUGCAGACAUUUUAUCAAUAACCAUGUCUCAUGAUAAAAAUGUUAUUUAUUGUGCUGGGGUUGAUCCUGUUAUUCGUACAUUUUCAAAAAUAUUUGUUAAAUCUACAGGAAGAUCACAAUGGGUUAGAGGAAUUGAAAGAAGACUGCAUGUACAUGAUGUAAGAGCUCUUGUAGAAGCAGAUGGUAAAUUAUAUUCUGCCGGAGUUGAUGGAUACUUGGCGCAGUCUAGUUAUCCACCAAAAAUUUUAGUCAAAUAUCCACCAUUAUUGCAACCUCCUUGUGUCUAUGUAUGCCCAAAAUCAAAAUGUAUAAUGCUUCGGUAUCAUAAUUAUUUAGAAUUAUGGAAACUUGGAAUUAUUAUAACAACUAAUAAAGGUGCUAUUCAACCUGGAUUUUUGCACCAAUUAGAUAAAGAGCCAAUAAAACUUUUAGAAUUAAAGACUAAAUUAGAUGAAAAUAUUAUUGCUUGCGCCAUUACUAAAGACUCAAGAAUUAUUGUAUAUUCAACAGAAACACAUGUUAGGGUAUUUAAUUUUAAUGUGAAGAAUGGUAUUGCAGAAUUAUCUAAACAAAAUAGUGAUGUACCUAAUAAAAAGAUACAAAAAAUGCUUUUUAGUUCAAAUGGUAAAUAUUUUGCAACAAUAAAUAAUGAGCAUAAUAUAAAUCUCAUUACAUUAUAUUCAGUAAACAAAGAAUGUUAUUUAAGUUUUUAUACAUCUUUCACAACUGAUAAGGAACAAAUAAAAAAUAUUGGAUUAUUUUGCUUUUCACCUGACAACAAAUAUUUAAUAUGUUCUGAUUAUGAAAGUCAUAUAGUAGUGUAUAAUCUUGAAGAUGAUUUAAUUCUAGAAUCUUUUGAAUCUUGGUCUCUUUCAAAAUACAGAUAUCCUCCAACAGCAAUGGCUGUACAAAAGAAGACUAAUAAUUUAGUUGUAGUUUAUUCUGAUCAUAAGAUUAUAGAGUACAAUAUUCCUACACGAAGAUAUACCAAAUUUUCAAAUAAUUUACAAGAUAUUUUACCAGCACAAUGGUUAGCAAGACGUUUUCCUAUAACUAAUAUUGUUUUCGAUCAAAGUAAUGAAAACAUAAUAGUUAUGCAUGAUGAUACAACUGUUUUUGUAAUUAAUAAGUUUACUGAUAUACCAAACUCAACAGCAAAAAUACUUAAACUUCAAAAUGGUAAUUCCAAAGAAGAAAAUAAUAUAAGUUCUAAAUUAAAAUCACAAUAUAUUCAAGUUAUAAAAAAAUAUAAGCAUUUAGUACAUUUGGCUUGGGUGAAUAGUACAGAAAUGAUUGCUGUAGAAGUCAACCCAACAUCAUUAUCUGAAAAGCUACCACCAACACUAAAACAAAAAUGGUUUGGAAUGUAAAUUUAAUCGUAACUCACUUGUUAUCUUUUAAAUACAAUAUAUAUUAU